AUGAUGAUGGGCGACGACGACGACGACGCCGACGCCGACGCGAUCCAGUCAUUUCUCGACGACAACGACUCGGCCGGCGCUUCGUCGUACAUUCCAGCGUCACGGCCGCCGAUUUCCUGUUGUUGUGGUAACGUCGCGUGCGCCUUUCUGAAGCACAACGAGAGCGCCUUGGACGGGCUGGAGAGGGAUGUGUCUACGGCGGCACGCCUGGGAAAGGCAUUGUUGAUGCGGCAUGAAGCAUACAUUGCCGACUCCGAACGCGAACGAAAAGCCAUGACUGCGCAGAUCGAGACGCUUGAGGAGGACAAGAAGAUGUUGGAGACGCAGAAUGCGACCGUCAUUGAGGAGAAUCGCAACCUGUUGGACCAGCUGGAGAUUCUCAACAACGCUGUCGCCGAGUCUGACACGCAGGUCAUGAACCUUCAGGCUACACUACGCUCUACUCAACAGGAACUGCAGAAGCUGUCUUAUCUAGCUACAAGAACGGAACAUCUGGAGAGGCAGCUGGCGGAGUUCGAGCGGGAGCAGGCUUCGUGGCAUGCAACGUUGGAGGAGAAGACGGGUGCGGAGAAGUCUGCUGUUCGGAGAUGGCAGCAGGCACAGCGUACCUUGUCGAGUCUGCAGGAGGAGAUCGAGCGCAUCGAGCGUGAGGCAAAGGAAGAGAAGGAACGUCAUGUCGAAGUCGUUGGCCGCAUGGAGAGGAGGCAUGCUGUGGAGAGGGAGCUCGACUCUGCAGCGGGCAGGCUAAAAGGUGCUGCAGCGCUGAAGAAAGCUGGCACAGAUACCGAGGGCACCAAUGUGGUGUCGCAUUUCGUCAGAGACAUCCUACAGGACAAUGCGAAUCUCCAGAUGGGCAUCGUCGAGCUGCGAGACAUGCUGCAUACGUCCAACGAGGAAGUCGAAACCCUGCGAAAUGAACUCUCGAUACAUCAGCCAGUAGUCUCGUCGGAGGACAUUGCACAGCCUACGCCCACACCGCCACGGCCGCACCUCAAGGAGGAAAUGCGACGAGCGACUGCCGGCGAGGUACAUGUCCAUCAUCACUACCACGCUCCUUCGACACCGAAAGUCAGCACGAUUCGACGACCGAAGAAGAAACGAUACGGAGCACUGACUACAGGUCACUUCACGCCGCCUUGUGUGUCGGGAACGAGUACACCACGCUACUCGUUCUCUUCUGGCACACCGACCGCCACAGCAGCGAUAUUGUCGCACACUGCUGCAAGCCUACCAGAAACCGUCGGCGGCAUGAAGCGAUUAUCUUUGCAGUCCAACACGACUUUCCACUCCACUCGCGACUUUUCUGGAGCUAGCUCGCCUACCUCGACGCAUCGAGCUUCAUCCUUAUUUGAUCGGGUCUUCAGUGAAGCUGGUCAGGACUCUAGCAGACCGACCACACCGGACACAGAAGAACCAGGCUCUCCUGUUUGGCUACCUGCCAACUCGAAGCGAUCGUCGAAGAGUUCGUACCAUGGUCGACAGCAAUCGUCAGCUUCACACAGAGCCCGACCUUCAUUGGACUCUAUACUGGAUAUGAGUGCCGAGAACCUACGGCAUCUGGAACAACAGUCUGCGGACUCUGUCAUUCACGAAGAGGACGAAGAAGACGAAGAAGAUUGGGAGAACGAGGAAUCGUCUCGUCCCGAGGCGGACUCGGAGGACAUUACGCCGCUAUCAGCGGAGCUCGAGCACGCUUUCACGCCACGACCACGCAUGUUGCGUCGCGCGACUUCGCACGAGUCGAUACUAUCAAUAUCAGGACAGGACAUUCACACCCUGAAGUCUCGACCUUCACAGCUGCUGACGCCGUUUGGCGCACGCUCCUUCACCCCUCACGCCACACUGAGCGAUGCUACAGCACAUGCAUCACGCCCUGCAGCAAUGUCUCGACCUUCUAACAGUGGCGCGAGCAUUCUGAGCGGCAUGGCGUCAUCACAACGCCAACCGAGCGGACAACAAUCAGCGACUCCAAAGCAAGGUCUCGGAAGCAAAGUCGGUGGUUGGGUCUUUGGCAAAUGGGGCACUUCACCUGCGCCAGCAACACCAGCAGACUUCACCCCGACAGGCACCAAGAACCUCGCACCCACGUUGACGGCGCCCAAAAAUAAUCGAUCUGUCAGCGUUGCCUCUGGGAGCACCACCAAGUCAGACGACUCUGCGACGCCGAAGAAGCCGAAGCAUCGGCCGCCUGGGAUCAAUCAGUCAGGGCCGAUCAUGGGAUUUGCACCGGAGAUCAGGAUCCAGCAUCCUCCUAUCAUGAAGUCGCUGGACCAGGAUGCAUUGAAGGGUGCAUUGGGAGAGAGAUGA